AUGAUAACAAUUCCUCUAAAAUGUGUAUAUCUAUGUAAACUUGCACUAUCUGUUUCAAUCGCAGCUUUAAGAAAAUAUCCGAUACUUGCGGCCACAAAGACGCAUGUAAUUCCAUUCGAAAAUAUCCUAGUGCGAAAAGAGGCUGCCAAAUCAACCGAUUUUGGAAUGUCGCGAAUUAUCAAUGCCACUUCUUCGACCAAUAAUCAAGUGGCAUUAUACCUUAUAUUGCGUCAGAGUGUCUUCGAUAUU